AUGGCAAGGCCUCUCCGUAUUCCAUGUACUGAACCAGCGGUGUGUCCGUCAGAUGAGAAACUUUACAUAAUUCACGUUAUCAUUGAGCCUGGGGAAGAUGACCAGGAAUGUCGGCUACUCCAACAAGAAGCGGAACAAUUGAAGAACUGUUUAAUGAUUGAUCAGCUUCUACCCGAAGGGAAUAGGCAAGGAACAGAUGGAAAGAAAACUGUAUGGAAGAAGCUCUUGAUGCUCGAGUUUUCGUCUUAUUGUAAGGACAAAAUUGGCGAAAUAUUAGCCAGGAAUGUCGAGUACAACGGUUCACAGUACUGCUUUCUAGGAUUUUCAAAGUCACAGUUAAAAAAAAAGAAAUGCUUUCUCAUCGCCGAAAACGACAUGCAAAUCUAUGAAAGAAGAGCAAAGUUUGGCAACUUAAGCAAGGGUGUCUCGUUUGCCGAGCGCGUAGCUAAGGUUCAACAUAUGUUUGAACCCUACGAAUUAAGCUUGGAAUUAGCUGCGGGCGAGGUUAUCUUCGAAAUCGAAGACGGGAAUCCUGAAGAAAGUGGUUUUAUGGCGCCUGAACUUGCCAAAAAAAUCAAUGAAAUAGCAGCACUCAAUCUUGUUAAUGUUCCCAGUGUUGUUGAAGUUAUUUGUCCAGGAUUUGCAGGUAAACUUCUAUUGUCUGACGAAAUUCUUGCCAGAACGACCGGUGACGAGCAUUCCCACUUAAAGGCCCUUUUCAAAACUUCUGCAAUAACUAAGGACCACGGCAACGCACUUACACUGUGUAUUGUUGACUAUUCCAAACCAUUUGAGGUUGGCUACCUGGAUAUUUUUACUGUGAUGCUUCUGCAUUGCCAAGGUGUAGAAAGUCGAUAUCUACUGGAACUUCAAAGAGAACAUCAUAACCUUCUAAAAACACUGGAAACCAAUUUGACCUCUGCGAAGUACUUCCUUCGUGUGAAAGGAAGAAAGGAACUUUUAGCCCAAAUAGACAACGGAAUGACGCUUGAAGCACGGGGAAAGAUUUCCGAAAUAAAGGAGGAGGAAAUUAGAAAAAUGCAAGAGUGCAAAGAUAGCCCGGAAGAGAUGAAAAUCCUUGUGAGUGAGUCGCGCGAAGUUUUGGGAGUUGUCGAUCCAGAUAAUCAGCUUCAACCCAACGAGUGUUUCUUUGCUCCUAACUUGGAUGGUAUGCUGUCCAAUGAAAAGGAACGUUUUGAAUCGGCAAAACAGGUUCUUGUAAUUCCACAACCGUGCUACUCUGUGUCAGAUAUCCAAAGGUUCAAUCUUUGUCGCCGAAUUGAAGCCUACGAGAAAUUGAAAGACUGCAUUAUUUUGCCGUCGCAAACCGAAAAGCGAUUUGUCUCCAGAAAGUACAUUGUUUGCUGGGAUAGUGGUCUCGUGUUUCAAUUCUGUUCAUUCCCCUGGAAAUUUUUCAAGAUUCCGAAUCAAGUUUCAAAGUUUUUCCUCGGCGCCUUUCAAUGUUCGAAUGUAAAAUUGAGUGGUUCCGAAUACACAGAAGUCAUGGUCGGUGUAGAAGCUGGAACAAGUGAAGGAAUAACGCCGCCCAUGACUGCUCUUGAGCCGCACGAAGAUGCAUCGUUUCAGAAGGAGCUGAAGAAGUAUUUCGCUGCAUUCAAAAGCAGUGAUGACUUGAUUUUAAGAGCAAAGUCACUUUUCAAAAAGUUUGCACUUCUCGAAGGAUCGACGUCAUGUUCAGUUUGUAAGCAACUCGGAACGUAUUUAUCUCCGAGUUUUGACUGGAAUGCUAAUAGAGAGAAGAUCGACAGACAUUUGGAAGAUCUCGAAAAGAAAUGCGAUAACCUGCAUUCCCAGAUGGAGAAAAGCAAAGAAUCUGCAGAGGAGGCGUCUACUCAAGAUCUGAAAGGACUACGUACAGCCAUGAUUAAAAAUUUGAAUGAUUUUAUUACGGUCACAACCGGAGGGCAGCGUUAA